AACCAAAUCGAGAGCCCCAUUCGACCGGACUCGUCGGUGCCUCUAAUGAAAAAUGGCAAAAACAAUCAGACUAAUAGGAUGUGCUGCUGGAGUCACUGCGAUGCUAAUUUUGCUGCUGCCACUUUGCCUGCUCCGAAAUGACAGGCCAAAGGCGAACGGAGAUGGUAACUCCAAUAGAUCACAUCAGGUGGUCAGUCCGACUCCAGCUCCUGCUCCUGCUCCUGCUACUCUUACUACUUCUACGGACGGUGCCCCAUUCAACGAUUCAUGGCGCCACCAUAUGCUGCGACUGCAUCGACAGAAGCGCUAUCUGCUCUUCCCGGAGGGCAGCUCGUUCCAGCUGGUCUUCGACAUAAUCAUACCCAUUGUAGACUACACGAACUACGCCAUCCUGGGCAUCACAUGUGCCGUGGCCUGGGAGCUGCCCAGCAAGGCGCCCAGCGAGCUGAUUGAAAACGUGCUCACUCGCAUCAAUGACGGCACCAUCGGAACUGUCCGGCGCAACGGCAGCGCCCCCGACCCCGAGAAGGACUCCAAUCGAAGCCCUGCUAAUUGGCAGCCAGUGCACGCACCAUCGGCAGUACGGACAUCGCAGCCGCGGACACCAGAUCGCCAGCCAGCGCAUACAGCCAAUAGCCACGGCUCCUACUACACGAACAUCCUGCGCGGCUCCGGCUCGGCAGGCACUUCUGCAUAUGCAAAUGCGAAUUGGAAUGCAAAUGCAAAUGGACAGCAGCAGCUACAGGCGACGUUGCCGGGUACGGCUCCAGGUCCGGCUAAUUGGCAUGCGCGACAGUCGGUCGCAAAGUGGCAGCGACCGCGGACGGGAGACCCACCGCCACCGCCGGACAAUUGGUGGCGGCGCAACAAGGACCGGCUGCAGCAGAAUUGGCGUGAAAAGCAGGCCAUGUGGAGCCCCAGUGCUGGCCAGUCAAAGUGGGACAUCGACUACAGCCAACGUCCUCGCCGAUUACUGAAAUCGCCGCCACAGCACCACAUUUAUCCUGUUUUCGGCAAGCGACGGCGCCGACGACGUCGGAGUCUGGAGCAGGAUCCCCUAUUUGAACGCCUCCAUUUGCAGCAACAUCUCAGCUCUCGGCAGCUGCUCUUUGGCAAAAUCGAACGGCUUUACAAGGCUCAGCAACUCAAUGGAACGGCCUGUGUGCUCCGAGCUCUUUGUGAGUCUGCCCAGAGGCAGCAGCAAUCAGACGGAGGCGAAGGUGGAGGCGCGAAGGCUUUUCGACCGCAGAGCUUUAUCAUUGAACUGCUGUCGGCCAUCUUUCAGCUGCCUGCCAGCAAUGAUGGGGAUGAGGUGGAGGCACUGGCCCUGAAGCACAUUUCGCCGCAUUACCUGGAGGCCCAUCGACAACAGGGAAACUGUCUGCAACUCUACAGCGAUUGUGGGCAUGCAUUUUGGUUCGAAUAA